AUGGAUCCGACUCCGGUGGAUAACCGACGGCGGCCGGGAUACGAGUACCGCCAUCAGAUCGAGAUCGACGAGGGCCGCGUAAAUACGAACCGGCGAGUCCCCCUGAGAGGGCGUUGCGAGUUCGAAUUCCAGAUCCAAACCAAUUUCAUCCUAAAACCAAGAGAUCCCGGCGCCGGCGAGACCACUCUGUCCUCCGAGACUAUCUCCGAUCCCAUCUUCUGCUGCGACCACAAGUACGAGCUCUGCCCUUGCUCGCGACUCCGGAUGAGGGAGUACUGGAUGACGGAGGCCCAUAUCCAGGAAAUUAUCCACGAAACGCGUGACCUGUGCAGAUCCACGGAGCUAUCGACGGCGGACCGGGAUCCACGUGUCAUCCCCGUGACCGUGAGGAUUGGCGUCUGCACGGUGCAGCAGGACGGCGAGGGAUUGGACGCUGCUGUGGAUCGGGCAAUUACGGUUCCAAAUCUGAUGGCGAUGCGUGUCGGCGGUGGCCUUUAUAAGGAAUUAGGCAUUGCGCUGGCUAUGUUCGUGAUGAAAAAUAUGGGGAGGUCCAGAUUGGAGGAUGUCGGGCUGGGCUUGGGCUUGAUGAGGAGCUGCCCGAUAUGCGAACGGGCCCCUACAUUGGGAGCCCAGUUGUUGACUACCGUGUGUGGCCACACAUUUCAUUCCCACUGCAUUGUUGGGUCUUUGCGUAAAAAGAACUCGUGCCCGGUGUGCAAUGUGCCCGUCUAUGAUGAAAAUCCAUACCUAAAAGAUUUGUUUCAAUUAAUGUGGUUACAUUAG